AUGGGGAGAUCAUUCGUCACAACCAACCACAACAUCAACAUGGGUAUGAUGAGGGUUUCCAACACAGAGAAGGCAGUGUGCAUACUUGAGAAUCCGGUUGGGAAGAUGAUGAUUAUCAGAACCAGUAUGACAGGAGUUCAACAUGGAGUCCCACAAUUCAAUGCGGGGAAUCAAAGAGCUAAUAAUCGGGUUGGGGGCGAUCAGAUACAGUUUGUGGAUGGUGUCCCACAAGUCGUUCAAGGGGCACCAAUUCAGGGCGUUGAAGGUCACUGUCGACCAGUUGUAGUACCUAACUCAUCGGCUAUAGUCACACCGGUUGGAAACAAUAACAGACCUUUCGAGGUGAGGCCUCGGUACUUAGGCCAUCUGUCAGAGUUUUAUGGAAAGAGGACCAAAGAACCGUACUUACACAUAACAAGUUUUGAUUCAAUUUGCAAAACUAUAAGAGGUUCAGGUUUUACAAAGGAAGAAGUGAAGCUGAUGCUGUUUCAGUUUACUCUAAAAGACAAAGCUCGACAGUGGUUCGCGACAUUACCUCCGGUUAGUAUAUACACUUGGCAAGAGAUGCAGCAAGUGUUUUUGGAAGAAUACUACACCAUGAAUAGAACCAGUGAAGCUCGGAAUGCAAUUAGAGCAUUCCAGCAACAUUCAGGGGAAGCGUUCCAUGAGGCGUUCACAAGGUUUAAGGAGUUGCUUAGGAAAUGCCCCCACCAUGGCAUUCAGACAUGGGAAUUGAUUAAAGCGUUCUAUGAUGGGCUACUUCCUGAUGAUGUAAGAGAUCUUAUAGCCAUCAGUAAUGGUACGUUUCUCACCAAUACAGAAGCUGCAGAUUGGGCAUAUUUGGGGAGACAGAGUGCUACUUCUAAAAGGCAGGCACAGUCUAGCAGGAGAGCAAGAUCAGCAUCAGCAAGAGCAAUUGAUUAUGAAGCUAAAGAACGGGUUGAGAAACUGAAACAUCAGAAUUUGCUAUUAGAGCGACAGGUAGCUCAGAUGAAGUUGGGAAAGGGAGCUGAAGUUAGGGCAGCUAAUGCAUUCGCAGUAUGUACAGAUUAUGGUGAGUUAGGACACCAGGUUGGAGAGUGUCUCGCAAGGAUGGUUCCGAAUGAAGAAGUGAACCAAGUAUUCGGUGAACGAAAGCAAUAUGAUAUGAAACCGAAUACAUAUCAUCCAGGUUUACGAAAUCACCCCAAUUUUAGUUACGGUAAUUCUGCUAAUCAAAUGAACCCUAAUUUUCAGGUACCCAUGCAAGGAGGCCAGCAGUAUCAGAGCCGUCAAGGUAAUUACCAAACUCAUGGCUCAUAUAAUCAGAAGGAUAAUGAAGUUCGAGACAAAACUUCUGAGGCAAUGCAGAAGCAGUUGGGGCAGCUAGCAGAAGAUCUAGCUCAGCUGAGAAGAGAUCCAGGAAAGUUGCCAAGUAAUACCACAGUUAAUCUAGCACAUCAGUCAUCUAGCUCAAAGAAUGGAAGAAACGUGCACAUCAACGUGGUAAGUGUUCUUCCAACUUCUAAAAUGGGUAGUGUUACAAUUACUCCACUAUCACAACUAGUUGAGGAGGUGGUGGAAGAUGUUGUUACUGAAUCGGAUUCUCAACAUGAUCGGGACCCAACAAGGGAUGAAAGGUGGGAAAGUUUUAAACAAGCUAAAAUUAAUCUACCCUUACUUGAUGCGAUUAAAGAGAGUCCCGAUCAGGUUGAGUGUCUGAAAGAGUUAAAUACCCAAAAACGACUUCACAAGUUUCCUAAAAAAAUUGAUUUGACUGCAAAUGUGAAUGCCGUUUUAUUGGGUACCCUUUCCCCCAAACUCCAAGAUCCAGGAGCACCCAUUAUUUCGAUACAAGUGGGUGAAUUUAAAAUAGAAAGGGCACUGUUGGAUAUUGGAGCAUUGAUUUGA